AUGGAUGCGUUAGAAGUCAUGAACGCAUCCCAUCUCCGUUCUCAUGAAGUGCUUACACUUGAUAAGUACAUGGAAAUAGAAUCUAGGGGUCAUCUAAUAGUAGAGUCCAAAGUUUUCUGCAGUGUUCAUAAAGACAGCCAUUUAGAAUUCUACUGUGACACAUGCCAGGUACCUGUCUGCUACAAGUGUACUAUAGUUGAACACAGAGUUCCUGAACACAUCCACAAAAAUUUACAUGACGUAGCGGAUGAGUAUAAAACACAACUGAAAGAAAUGUUAGGACAAUUAAAAGUGAAAGAGAAACAAGUUGAAAAAGAAAAAUCAGUUGCUGAAUCUACAAGAGAAGAAAUUCAAAACCAGUGUAAGGCAGAAAAAUUGAAAGUUCUAACAAGAGCAAAGGAAAUGAUAGAGAGAGUAAAGAGAGAACAGAAAAAGCUGAUCGAUGCCUUGGAUGAAAGAUCUCUGAUGCGAUUAAAAGAUGUAGCAAUGAGGAUCAAUGAAAGAAAAUUUCACCUUGGCAACAUUGUCAGCACACAUCAUUAUCUAGAAACACUGGUGCAUCAUGGGAACCCUGUUCACCUACUGUCUACCAGGACUGAAACUAUGAAGCGAAUAAAUGAGAUGGUUGCUAUGGAAACCAAACCACCAAUUAUUCAUGAUAUCACAAAGUACGAUCCCAGAAGUGACCUUGCUGCACACGCAUUGAUGGGAGUGAUCAAAUCAGAUGUCUGUCAAUCCAAAUGUACAGUUGAAAACAUUCCAAAACAACUCCCAAAAGGUGAAUCUGUCAAGCUGCUCAUCACGACCAGAGAUUCCAGAGGAAAACAAAUCAUUCCCCGUCAAGAUGUCACAGUGAAGUCUAAAAAUCCUGAUGCAUCAUGGGAAGACAUUGAUGUUACAGACAAUUACAAUGGGACUUUUCAAGUGAUGAUAGUAGAAAAGAUGGUAGAAACACAUCAAGUUGCCGUAACGAUUGGGAACCAACAUAUUCCAGGAUCACCAUUCCAUAUUCCUGUCAUUAGAUUGGUGCAGAAAGUGGGAAAAACAGGUGAAGGACAACUCAGCUAUCCUUUGGGAUUGACCAUAAAUAAAAAUGAUGAAUUUGUCACAGCUGAUAGAGGUAACAAGAGAGUGACCAUUCAUGACAGAGCCGGUAAUUACAGACAAUCAUUCAGAUUUACUGAUCAGUUUGCAAAGCCAUUUAUUCCAUGUGAUGUAGCAAUAUCAGAUGAUAAUGAAUACUUUAUGUUAGAUGAUAGUAACAAUCAAAUAGUUGUGAGUGAUGAAAAUGGAAAGAUGAUUAGAAAGUUUGAUAAGAAUGAUUAUGUAUAUGUGAGUAGUGAACAUAAAGUCACUAAGCAUGACAUCCACGGUCGGUUUAUAUGUAGGAUUGAUAGUGAGAAAGAUAGACUGAGUUAUCCAUAUGGUUUAGCAGUAUGUGAUGAUUGUAAAUUGGCUGUAGUGGAUUAUGGAAACACUUGCAUCAACAUAUUUGUAGAGUAA